UGCAGGCGUACAAUCCUGAGCAGCUUACGACACUCAGUGAACACUGGGUGCCUCUGCAUGCUCUAGCAACACACUGCUCAGCUGAAGGGAAGGGAUUCUUGCUGUCUCUCUCUGCUCUAAGCAUCACCUAACAAGCAAAGCGAACAAAGAAUGGGAAAUAAAGCUACCCUUAGCCGGUCAGUGAAUGAAUGGUAAUCUCUCUAUGGAGUAAAGGUUGUGCCGGUCAAUGGUCGUUGCAAAUGAUGGACAUUAAACAGAUUGACAAAUCCUGUGGAGUCGUUAGUAAAGAGUUUGGAGUUUUUUUCACGCCACAGUGUUAACUGCAGAGAAAAGGACAGAGGGAGAAGGAGAAGAUCAAGCUCAUGUACAUAGUUCUGAAACUUGCAGGUCCUAGGAGUCAGCUAAAAAGCUAGCUGGACAAGCCUUUCGCUCUUUGAGCAGAAGCGAAGUGAGACAUUGUGAGCUUGCCAGCCUUGCACAAAAUUGAAAGGGACUGAAUUUGUAGCACAGAGGGGUCUUUUUUAGCUCUGCAUAUAAUUAGUCCAAACACAAAGGAAGCAACUGAAUGGAGGUUGUCACUCUCUGGAAAAGGGUGGGUAAGACACUUUUUAAUUAAAUUCUUUCAUGAAGAAAGAUUUUUUUUUUUCUUUGCUGCAGCAUUUAACAUGAACAAAAUCACUAUCAUUUUACCUUUGAAUGUCUGUGAACUUUAAUGCUGUACAGCUCCUGCAUGCUGUAAAGUGAAAUAUUUGCCUCUGUGUUUGCUCUGUUUGCUGUUUUGCUUUGGUUUUCUGGCUUUGUUUUGGGUUUUCCUGUUGGUUUUUUUUUUUUUUUUUUUUUUUUACCCUUAAAUAAAAUAUGAUGUAGAAUUUGAAAAGAUUCAAUGGACAUUCUCAAGCAUAUUUGGAAAUAUUCUUGCUAAUGGAUUUCCUUCUUAUUGGUCUCUGUUUAAACUGGCUGCUGAGGAAGCCCCCAGGGUUGAUAUUGUGUACGCUGGGUAUCUUUUCUAAAAUGCUUCCAGCCGUGAAUAGUGGGUGUCCACAGCUAUGUCGGUGUGAGGGCAGGCUUUUGUACUGUGAAUCACUGAAUCUUACAGAGAUGCCUCGCAACCUGUCGGGCAUGAUGGGCUUGUCUCUGCGGUACAACAGCCUUUCAGAGCUGCAUGAUGGACAGUUCACAGGGUUAAUGCAGCUCACGUGGCUCUAUCUGGAUCACAAUCACAUUUGCUCAGUGGAGGGGAAUGCCUUUCAAAAAUUGCGGCGAGUUAAAGAGCUCACCCUGAGUUCCAACAAAAUAACCCAACUGCCCAACAACACUUUCCGACCCAUGCCAAACUUGCGCAGUGUGGAUUUAUCAUACAACAACCUACAGUCUUUGGAGCCUGACCUGUUUCACGGGCUGAGAAAACUAACAACUUUGCACAUGCGGUCGAACGCCAUCAAGUUCGUGCCAGUGAGAAUUUUUCAGGACUGUCGCAGCCUGAAGUUUCUAGACAUAGGAUACAAUCAGUUAAAGAGCCUGGCUCGAAACUCUUUUGCAGGCUUGUUCAAACUCACUGAGCUGCACCUCGAGCACAAUGACUUGGUGAAAGUGAAUUUAGCCCAUUUUCCCAGGCUCAUCUCCUUGCACUCUCUCUGCUUGCGAAGGAAUAAAGUUACCAUCGUAGUGAACACUUUGGACUGGAUAUGGCAACUUGAAAAAAUGGAUCUCUCCGGCAACGAAAUUGAAUACAUUGAACCUCAUGUUUUCGAAAGCGUACCUCACCUCAAAUCCCUGCAGCUGGACUCCAACCGGCUAACCUACAUCGACUCCCGAGUCCUCGACUCCUGGAAGUCCCUCACUAGCAUCAGCCUUUCUGCAAACGCCUGGGAUUGCAGCCGUAAUGUUUGCGCCCUGGCCUCCUGGCUGAGCAACUUCAAGGGUCGCUACGACAGCAACCUGCUCUGUGCCACCCCUGAGUACGCGCAGGGUGAGGAUGUUUUGGAUGCGGUGUACGCUUUUCACUUGUGUGAAGACGCGGCAGACCCAACAAGUGUUAACACCCUCUCCCCGGUAACUAACAACAGCGACCAAACGUUCAGCUACGGCUCUGCCACCGCCACGUACGACGUGCAGGACAGCGACGGGGACAGAACGACAUACGCCAUAACCGUGACCAUGCCCGGCGAGAACUCGGAGAACGCCGUUCAGAUUCACAAGGUGGUGACGGGGACCAUGGCACUGAUUUUUUCCUUCCUCAUCGUGGUUUUAGUGUUGUAUGUCUCCUGGAAGUGCUUUCCAGCCAGCUUAAGGCAACUAAGACAGUGCUUUGUGACACAGCGCAGAAAGCAGAAGCAAAAACAGACCAUGCAUCAAAUGGCUGCCAUGUCAGCCCAGGAGUAUUACGUUGAUUACAAACCCAACCACAUUGAGGGAGCCCUGGUGAUCAUUAAUGAGUACGGAUCUUGUUCCUGUCACCAGCAGCCAGCGAGGGAAUGCGAGGUGUGAUUUUCCUUGGGGAUUUAAACAGUGUGCAACCAAAUAACAGCGUGCAGGCAGACAGUGGCACGGGGGGGGGGGGGGGGGGGUUGCUGUGCUUUGCUGGUGGUUUCUGACGUGCUCCUCUGCCGAAAUUGUUAAGAGGGGCUGUCUAAAAGACUUGAUAUUUUAGCUUUAUUGUGUCUUAAAAACCUUCAGGACAGUCAAUCUUAAGAUUUCAUAUGCUAAUACUCCCUUUGAAGAUCUGUCAAUAUUCAGGAAUCUGAGAGUGUAAAAAGGUACCAAUUAUUGAUCUUUUGUAAACUAAGAAAACUGUUUAAAAUAAAAAAAAAUAGCAUUUACAGUUUUUACAGACUGGUGUAUAUUACAUGAAUUGUUCCCUGUAUACAAAAUGCAACAGUUUAACCUCUUUUUCUCAUCAUACUGAGUGUUGAAAUGAAAGCCUAGGAGCAAAGAAGCCACGUAAAAUAGAAAACUUAAAAGUUACCAGAUGGCUUCACAUUGUAAUUAGUACACAUUCACUCACAUCAUGUUACUGAAGAUACGAAGCAUGACACUGGAAUUAUAUUUUUGUUAAUGUGCUACCUGCAACUGAAUGUCAGUACAAGGAGCCACUGCACCUCAGAAAGGCUAAAGUUUUGACCGUGUCCAUGGGACAGGAUUUCUGAGGAUUUUUAGUACAGCUCACUUGAUAGUUGCUGUAAGAUCCCUAAAAACUGCAUCAUAACCCCUAAAAGUAUUUUGUAUCAUACUGCAAAAUCUCACUAAAAGAACCUAACAAACAGCAAAACUCAAACUGAAACACUGCCAAAAUGUGCUCAGCAUAAUUUUCUUUACAAUACAAAAGACAAGAAAAAUAUUUAAAUUUAUGGGCUUUUACUAGCAUUUCCCACUUUUAUGCUUGUUUUGAGAUAUGCUAAGAGCAAAGAAAUCCUUGCUUUGUGCACUGUGGUGCCAUGGUGAAUGGAGAAGAGCAAAAGCUAUUCGGUUCUCAGUGCUGAAACCUGUGUGUCUUUCAAGAGUAAAACCUUGACUGUAACACUGUCAGAGCAAGACAGAGAGUUAUUAGAGCAUACUUCUGGGUCCUGUAGUAAACUGCUAACAAAGCCUAUCCCGUGCCCCUCACUUUCACCACAAACCAUCACUAACAAAACAGCUCUAAAAUCCCUGAAGAGGCAGAAAGUAUAUGAACCCUCCUUACUAAUGACUGAUAAAUGGAAUUGAUGGAUAUGAGCAGUGAUUUCCUAAUGUAGAAUCACACAGCUGGUUUAUUUGACUGCCCUCAAAUAAAGGCUUCCUUUCCUUA